AUGGAGCAAUAUCGACUGGUGAAGGAUCACGCCGAAAAUAUCCGCCGCAGCAGCUACUGGCUCCGUAAGACGUCCUUUUUAUUGGGUAUUUGGCCUGCGGAGCUACUACCAUCGCUUAGCAUUCGUUGGUACCGAGUGUUGUACCGGUUCACGCUGAUCAUCCAUUGGAUCAACACUUAUCUGCAGCUGCUUUUCUUCUGCCAUAAUCUGGGCAAUCUGAAUCUGGUCGUGCAGGGUCUGUGCUCCUUUGUCAGUAUCACGACAACCGGCAUCAAGUGUAUGCGAAUUUACGCGUACGAACACGAAAUCGCUCGCAUCUGGCAGACGAUCGAGAGUGGGAUUCUGUUGCGAAAGAUUCGCUUUCUGGCCAAAGGCGUUAAUAACAAGAACAUCUUUGCACAGUUCGACGACAUUACCGGUCGCAUGUGGAAGGAAGUGCACCUGAAUCUGCGUUUCUAUACGUUUAUGGUUGGGGCGGUUGCGUCAUCCUAUUCGAUCAUACCGUUGGGCAGCUAUCUGUACCAUCAGGUGCAAGGACACGCGUUUAAUCGAAGUCUCGUCUACAACACAUAUUAUCCAUAUAUACAAACGGUUAAAUAUCGGUCACCGCUUUAUGAGCUACUGUUCUGCUCCGAGUCGAUAUCUGGUUACUCUACCUGGGCCGGUGUCGUCGCCUUCGAUGCACUGUACAUCGUGUUCGUCCUGUAUGCGACCUCCCUGGUGCGGUUGCUCAACGAGCUCAUGCAGGAAACGACCAAUCCGACCUUUACCGUUCGCGAGAAGGCUUUCUUCUUGCGCGAAUGCUUGCUGCAUCACGGUCGAGUGAUAAGGUUCGUCCAGCAAAUUGAUGAAAUAUUCUCUCCGCUGCUGCUGCUGCAGCUGUUCACCAGUACCGCCAUUAUCUGCGUGAUAGCAUUUGCGACUACCUUCAGCAAGGACGCAGGCGAUUCGCAAACGAUUCUGAUGGUGCUCUACCUGAUAACCGCGGUUUAUCAACUGUUCCAGUUCUGCUGGUACGGCCAGCGGCUCCAGAACGAGAGCAACGAUCUACCGGUGGCCGUGUACAACGCACGUUGGGAGUUGUGCAGCCGAGAGUUCCAGCGCUCCCACCAAAUCCUGCUCCUGUACAGCCAGUGCCGUAUCGAGCUACACGCCUGGAGCUUCUCUGCCAUGUCGCUGGAGACAUUCUCGGGCGUGUGGGGCCUCUAUCUCUUCAGCCCCCCGGGCGAUGACCAGUCGGAACUCGGUGAUUGA